AUGUCGCUUCUGAAGAGACUUGAGGUCCCCCAUGAGGGCGGAACUAUCCCAGAUCCAUGGAUCAACAACGAUAUCAAGCCUGUCGAGGCAGGGCGACGCAAAUGGGGAUUCUGGACGUUCAAUUACUACUGGGUACUCAUUAAUUGCAACAUCUCGACGUAUAUGACCGGAAGCUCGUUGAUACCCUUGGGAUUGUCCUGGUGGCAGGCCAUUAUUGCCAUUGUUGUGGGAAACAUUCUUGCCUCUGUGUUCAUCGUUCUGAAUUCUCUUCCGGGGGCAUUUUAUCACUUGGGAUUUCCAGUCGCGAAUAGAUAUGUCUGGGGUAUGUGGGGAUCACAGUGGGUUGUCUGGAACAGAAUUUUUCUUUCGAUCAUCUGGUAUGGCUUCCAGGCUUGGAUCGGUGGUGAAUGCGUCUAUGUCUGCUUGCAGGCCAUCUGGCCUUCCCUCGAAGACCGGAUUCCCAACCAUAUGCCUGCAUCAACCGGCAUGACGACAGCUGAGUUCGUGGCAUACAUUGUAUUCAUGGUUAUAUCGCUGCCUUUCGUCUAUGUGCGACCACACAAGCUGCAGAUGCUCUUCUACAUCUCAGCAGCGGUCGUUAUUGUAUUUGAGAUUGUGCUGCUGAUCUGGUCACUGGCCACAAUGGGAAGCACUGGAUUCGGAGAUACAAUAUCCUCUACUAACAGCUCAUCUGGUUGGAUGAUUGCUUACGGCAUCAUCAGCACCAUUGGUAGUAUUGCCGCUGGUAUAUUGAACCAGACUGACUACGCACGUUUUGCACGGCGUCCACGGGAUGCUAUCUGGGGACAGAUUAUCAGUGCUGCGCUCUGUGCCAUUUCUUGCAGUGUCAUUGGAAUCCUUGUGACUGCGGCUACGCAGAACCGAUAUGGCGAAGCAAUGUGGAAUUUGCCGAAUCUUCUGAGCGCUGUCAUCGAGACGGGCGGUUCUCGUUCACGGGCUGCGGCAUUUUUUGGAGGAGUGGCUCUCGUGGUAUCACAGAUUGGAGUUAAUGUUCCCGGCAACGCUCUUUCGGGUGGCUUCGACUUUGCUGCAACCUGGCCAAAAUAUGUCAACAUCAGACGCGGUGCCUAUUUGACAGUGGUCCUCUCAAUCGCCGCCAACCCAUGGAAGCUGGUCAAUACUGCAACAACAUUCAUCACCGUUUUGAGCAGCUACUCUGUCUUUGUAGGACCCAUGGUGGGACUCAUGAUUUCUUCAUACCUCAUCGUCAACCAACGCAAGAUCAAGGUGCCCGAUCUAUUUGUUGGGAACAGAAGUAGCAUUUACUGGUAUACUUAUGGGGUCAACUGGCGAGCCGUCGUAGCGUGGAUCUGUGGAGUCGUUCCUUCGCUACCCGGCUUCAUUGCGUAUGUGAGUCCUAGUAUUACAGUUCCAAUCGGACUGACACAUCUAUACUACAUCUGUUUCUUGACUGGAAUGUCCAUCAGUGCCGCUGUAUAUGUUGCUCUUCAUUAUGCUGUCCCAGACCGAAGGCUUCAGGCUUUUGUCAAUUCUGCACCUCCGGCGCGGCAGUUGAUGGAUGAGUAUCGGGAGCUGUAUGAAAACCCAGAUGAGGUAUUUCAUGUGGAUGUAACUCAGGGAAAGAUGGAUGACUGA